AUGACGCAACGGACGAGGAGCCCCGCGAGGGGCGGAGGCGAUAAGGGGAAGAGCGGCGAGGCCAAGUCGCGGACGGCUGAGGCGAAGCCCAAGGAGGCCAAGGCUGACACUCCGCAAGCACCUUGGAACCCAGAGGCGACACUCCUACCUCACACAUCGGCCCCCCUGGCCUGUCGAAUAUCCAUACCGCCGUUGGCGGCACAGGCGCCGCAGCCUCAACAACCGAAACCCCUAAACGAGCUAUCCCUCGAAGCGCAAGAGGCGGUGAUGCUGGAGGAUCUCCUCUUCGUCUUCAUGGGCUACGAGGGGCAGUACAUCCGCUUCGCAAAGACGUAUAACCCGCAUGAGGAGAGGGACCGGUUGUCGGGGCCCACAUUCAGGAUACUGCCGGGCCUGGAUCCUAGUCUGCAAGACCUUACGCUGUCGAUGCUGAAGAUGGCGACGUAUUAUUCAGCCCUCGAGAUGUUCAUCGACGUGCAAAGUAGAGAGGAAUUUGGCGCCGUCAAUCACGCUCUUUGCGCCUCCAUCAGGAAGUUCUUGCACGACUACCUCAUCAUGAUCGCGCAGCUGGAGACACAGUUCCUAACCAACGAGACUUUUACACUCCAUGUCUUGAAUAUCCACACAUUACCGACAAGCAAAAUGAUGUCGCAUCUAUACUCCCUGGCGCACGACUUGCUCAAGAGGAAUGCGCUCCUAGACGACGAUGACGAAGAGGAAAGCGAUAGCGCAGACGACUUUGAGAAUAUACUCGAGUCGCUGCGAGAGGGCGGCGACCUGGUCCCGGGCUCGGGCAAGAAGAUUUGCAAAGGCGGCGUCGUGUUGGGUCUCAUCACGAAGAGGCUCGAGUCCAUGUCCGGAGACCCGGCCGCGCGCGCGCUGUUGACGUCGCUUUUGCGUGAUGCAAGUAAACCUUACAUGGUGAUGCUCAACGAGUGGCUGCACCACGGCAGCAUCAACGACGCGCAUGCCGAGUUUCUGGUCAAGGAGCAGAAGAGCAUUCGGAGAGAACGGCUGGAGCAGGACUACACGGACGAGUACUGGGAGCGACGGUACACGAUCCGGGAGCACGACAUUCCCCCUCAACUGGAAGGUGUCAAGGACAAGGUACUAUUGGCGGGCAAGUAUCUCAACGUCGUCAGGGAAUGCGGCGGCGUAGAUGUGAGCAAGGUCGUGCAGGACGUGCCCACGUCAUUUGAUGACAGCCGUUUCCUGGAGAACGUCAACAAUGCGUACGCACACGCCAACGAGUCCCUCAUGCAGCUGCUGCUCACGACGCACUCGCUACCCAUGAGGCUGCGGUCGCUGAAGCAUUACUUCUUCCUGGACCCGUCCGACUACUUUUCCUACUUCCUCGAGCUCGGCACGUCCGAGUUGCGGAAGCCUGUCAAGUCCGUUAACACCGGCAAGCUGCAGUCCCUGCUCGACCUGGUGCUGCGCCAGCCGGGCAGCGUCGUCUCGCUGGACCCUUUCAAGGAGGACGUCAAGGUGGAGAUGAACGAGAUCACGCUCGUCAAAUCCCUGCAGCGGGUCGUCAACAUCACGGGCAUCGAGCAAGGCGAGACGCUGCAGCCGCUCGCGAACCAGCAGCCCAUCGAGAACGACAAGAACGCCAUCGGCUUCACGUCGCUCCAGCUGGACUACACGGUACCCUUCCCCGUCUCCCUCGUCAUCAGCCGCAAGACCGUGUGGCGGUACCAGGCGCUGUUCCGGUACCUCUUGUCGCUGCGCUACCUCGAGUCCCAGCUCUCGACAACGUGGUACUCGCAGACCUCGGGCCUGACGUGGUCGCACAAGAGCUCCUCGCGCGGCCUCGAGAUCUGGAAGCGCCGCGUGUGGACGCUGCGCGCGCGCAUGCUCGUCUUUGUGCAGCAGCUGCUGUACUUUUGCACGGCCGAGGUCAUUGAGCCCAACUGGGCAAAGUUCAUGUCCCGGCUCAAAGUGGGCGAGGAAGGCCAGGAGGCGACAGCGCCGGGGGGCACAACGCCGACGCGGACGGUGGACGAGCUGAUGCAGGAUCAUGUGGAUUUCUUGGAUACGUGCUUGAAAGAGUGCAUGCUCACCAACAGCAAGCUUCUCAGGAUCCACUCCAAACUCAUGCAAACCUGCACAGUCUUUGCAACCUACUCCAACUGGCUUUCCCGCGAGCUAGAAAAGGCCGACCCAGACCUCUCAGGCGCCACGCGCCCGCCCAACAUGACGGCAGACCAAUGGCGCGCCUUCCAGGCCGUCAGGACGCAGAAGCCCUCGUCCGGGCCAGGCGCGGGCGGCACCUCACACAACGAUUCGACUUCAUCGGCGGGCGGUGGUAAUAGCGCCGCCGAGCAAGAAGCCCGUGUGAGCAACCUCUUUGAGAUUAUGAAGAAGUGGGAGGGCAACUUCAGCAGGCACCUGCAGAUCCUGCUCGACGCGCUGAACCACUACGCCGCGACGGAGACGGUCGUCCUGCUGAGUCUCUGCGCGAGGUUGAGUACCGCGAACCAGGGGACCGAGUAUGCGGGAUUGAGAAACGAGGACGAUAGCGUUGCGUAA